AUGAUAGAGUGUUACCUUUCAUCUCUUGAAGAGCUCGUCAAGAUAGAAACAGAUCGAAAGCAUGAAAAAGCACAGCUUCUCCUUGAUAGAUACAAGAAGGCAAUCGAGCCACAAGACCAGCAUUGGGGCACAGGUGAUCUUCGAGAGCCUCGUCCUGAUCGCGAACUAGCAAGGAAGUGGGAGAACGAGCGUGCGCGUAAGCAAGUUCACCUUAAUCAGCCGACUUUUUUUGAAUAUGGAUCCAUACAUGGAUCUAUACACGGAACUGUCAACGGUACCAUAGCCGGUGGAACGUUCACUGCUGGACCAAAAAGAGAGCGGGAAGAGAUACAGGACGAUGAUAAAGUCCAAAAGCGGACGAGAAUUGAUGACUAUUUCUCUGUUCGUGAUGUCCCUCAGCAAGAACAACAACCAAGAACUCCCGAACAUCAGAUACAUCCGUCAGACAAUGUUACUAAUUAUUAUAAUGUUAAUGAAGUCAUUUACAUCAAUGGCAUUCAGUUUUCUCAAGAGGUAACAACGUUUAUUUGUACUACAUUAACAUUACGGUGUACUUUAUCUGAUCUAUGUUCUACUUCACAGAAUGCAACAGAGGAGAUUCAUAAAAUAAUUACAAAAUUAAAAAAAUCAGAUUAUCGUCUCUUUCAGUAUAAGAUAAUCAAUUUAUCUGACAGAAAUGCUUCAAGCCCUGUACAAAAAUUUUUAACAAAAGCUGAUAAACAGUUAUUGAAAAAAAUUUGGGAUUCAUUAGAGCCAUUAAAAGAAGAUUUUAAGACCAUUCGACAGGAUAAAUGGAAUCAAGUUAUAAAACCUCUCGUGAAAAAGUAUCAAAAAAACUUAGAGCCUAAAUCUUUAUUUGAUGAUUUCCCUUUGGACCUUGCAAUUGAUGAAGUUACCGAGAGACCAUAUACAGGAACGAUUAAUUAUAAAGAACAUCACGACUUAUUAUGGGUGCAGGAAAUAUAUAAGCGAUUAGAAAAUUUUAUCAACCCUAUAAUUGCGAAAUUAUUCGAUGAUGUAAUGGAUAUUAUUCGAGUAAAGACUGGAGAGAUCGAAAAUAUAUUAAAUAAAAUUCAAAGAGUUGAAACUCGACAGUAUAUGCAACGUGUUAGUAUUGGGUGCCACCAAGAUGGUAUUUUCGAAGUAAAUAUAAAUGCAACGACUUUUGAAAUAGGUUUUCUAGAAGUGAUUGGCAAUGCUCUUAUUGUUGAUAUUAAGAAGUUAAAUGGUGAUCUUGAUAAAGUAUUAAAAGCAAUGCAGAUCUCGCUGUUCUAUCAACGACAACAUCAUAUCCAACGUGGUGCUACUGACGAUCUACUCACUUGUCUAGAAUCGUAUGGGAUAAUCGUUUAUCAGCGAAUUUUCACCAUUUACAUUAUGCACAUUACAAGUGGAGGUCUCUAUAUUGUAGAUAAAUUAACAGAAUUUUGUAUUCCGAAUUCCAAAGAUCAAUUAUACACAAUGGAAGAAAUUAUUGAGAAAGUUUAUAUGUUCAAGAGUCGAAUCAUGGAUUAUUGUUUGAAAAUAAGAAAGAUAACCCCUAAUUAUGUUCAACCUCAUAUCAAUACAACAGAAUCACCAGUUAAAGCCUCGCCCUCAAAGAAUUCUAAAAUCGAAUAA